UUUUUUUUUUCUCUUAUAUAUUUUGUUUUUUUUUCUGCCAUAUUUUGCCUUCUUCAGUUUCUCAACAUAAAAAAACAAGAAAAAAAUGGAAGUUGAAAAUGGUUCAAGCAAUAGAGCAGCAGCCUUAAACUUAAUGACGUUCAACAUUCGUCAUGACCAUCACGACGAUUCACCCACAAGUCCAUUUGCAACUCCACCAGUCAGAGAUGACGCCUCUAACGUCACUUUGUUUGGAGGAGAACAGCCUUGGUCUAUUAGAAAAUGGAAGGUUGUGGAUACAAUUCUUCUAUAUUCCCCUGAUGUUUUGGCCUUACAAGAACCUGUGUAUCACCAACUACAAGAUCUUGAAGCUUUAAUCGGGGAUGAGUAUGAAUGGAUUGGUGCUGGCAGAAAUGAUGGGGAUAAACAAGGUGAAUUCUCAGCCGUGUUUUACAAGAGGCAGAUUUUGACAGUUGAUUCGUGGAAAACGAUCUGGUUAUCAGAGGAGCCGGAGGUAGCUGGCAGUAAGGGAUGGGACGCAAGACAUCCUCGUACGGCCACUCAAGUAACUUUUACAAGAACAGCUGAUGACGCUAAAUUUACAGUAUUCAAUGCUCACUUGGACCAUAAAGGGCUUGAAUCAAGAGAAGAAGCAUCCAAAUUAAUUCUCAAUAGAGCAAGAGAAGCAGGCGAUUUGGGCGCUGUCUUUUUGUUAGGUGAUUUAAAUUCGACGGAAUCGGACCCUGCUUAUCUUACCUUGACAGGAUCAAAGUAUGAACAUUCAAAAGGCUCAAAUGAUACGCUUGCUAAUCUUCAAGAAUUGAAUAAUACAUGUGCAUCUGCUUAUACGAACAAGACUGGCAUACCAACAAGUACAGAAGAAGGAAAUAUUCAUUUACCAACUCAUAGGGUCAUAAGACCAGGUCAAAUUCUUGCCAAUUUGAAGAAACAAAAAGAAGAGCAGGAAGAGCAAGAAAAGGCCGAAAAAUUCUUUCUUGAUGCACAAUAUGCAUUAAAGACUCGUCUCAACACUAAAGGAGAACAAGGGACAUUAUCUGGUCCUUUCGGAUUUAGGGACACGUUCACUAGUUUUGGUUCUGGUGAUGAAUUUAAACGUGCUCCUAUCCGUAUUGACUUUAUUAUGGCUCUUGAAAGUAACGUUACAAAAGUCAAGGUACUUUUACUUGCCGUCUUACCCAACCAAUUUGACGAUGGGCUUAUCAUCAGCGAUCACCGCCCUGUGCUUGCUAAGGUUACAUGGUAGUUAUUUUGUAUUUAUAAUAAAGCAUUUAUUAAAAUAAUGA